AUGCGCCUAGGAAUGGGGAUGAAGAUGGAAUUGAUUAUGUUCAAGUUGUUCAUCUUUUGGCUGAACAUACCACUGCAUGUCCUCGCGAACCGUCUUCUUCCGAUAUGGGACAUCAUACUAGGAAUUCAAUUCCUCCAUCAGAAUAAGUGUUACAAGGGGAUCUCAAAGGCAUUUUCACCUUCCUCACAUCGUAUCACGAUUCUGAGGAAGGCCGGUUUCCUUGUAACCAUACCUCUAAGGCAUGACUUGGCUUCCUCUUCAACCUUAUACCACGGCACGCGCACGGGCGGGGAGAUGGAAGGUGUUGAAGUGUUGGUGCCACGGAGGGUCUGGGGUGGCAGACGUCGUGAAGCCUGUGUUGGCGAAGGACGUAUCCUUCAUUCCUCCUUCAUUCCUUCUCCAUUCUUUGUCCAUUCUUUAUCCCUUCCUUCUCCCUUCCCUCCACCAUUCACGUACAUAAACGACGCUGACGCCAUGCAAACCACCAUAGCAGUCAUCGAUAAUGUUCUCGACCAUCUUUCAUUCGCACCAGGACCCUCAAAGAUCAGCUACCAAGCUGGAGGCACCAUUGGGAGAAUGGAGCCGCGAAUGGGUGCAUAUAAGGGGGUGACACCUUUGAGGGGUUUCUGCAGGACUUACGUGCCGUUCACCACGCGUAUUCGGGCACGAGUUGACAUUUGUAUGGUUUGUGUUUGUGAGGCCCCAUGGGAGACGAUUCGACCACCGCUGAGCGCGUCUCCUGAUCCAUACCUCUUCGAAACACCUCCUACCAAGGAAGCAUACAUCGCAGCUGAGCCAUGGCCUGGAUUCGUUAAACCCAUAUUUGACCCAUAUUGGACGCCAAUAAACGCGACAGACCCGGACGCAGACUCUGACUCUGAGACAACCUUUCAACCCCCACCCGAAGAAACGUGCAUGCGCCUCAGCCGUGUAUUCAACCCCUCCCUUCCUCUCGCCCUCGACGUUCUCUAUCCCCACCUCCAAAACGCCACAAACUGCGCAAAAGCGAACGAACCAUCACCAAACCUCCUCGACAACCCACCAACCACCCCAAAAACCAUGGUACCCCUCCCACAAGAAAGACGCGUGUGUCACCCCCCUCCCACGACUAUCCGGAUUCACCAUCAUAGCGUCCUUCCUCCCAUCUACCAAGCCUCCAAAAUCCGAUCUGAGGAUAUUCGGCAGAGGACUGGACGAGAAGAAGAAAUGGAAACGACGCAUAUCAGGUCACCCGACAAAAACGAAAGGAGGGCUGACAAAGGUCACUCACUGCCUCCUCGGCCCAACUUUGUUCACGCUAGACAGAAUGCUCGGUAUACCUGGUGCUCUCCUCAAGGGGAACGACGUUGA